AUUCACCACCAUAAAAAUAAAACUCAUGUCCUACACAUUCUCUUUCAAAGUCUUCUUUGUUUAACAACCGCAUACCCUACAAGUGUAUGUGAGAGAGAAAGAUAUCAAUUCUAACAAUGGAAUUGAAACAAGAAAUGAGUAACCUCAUCAAGGUCUCACUUUAUGCCUGCAUUUCAAUUGUCUAUUGCUUUUUUAUAGGCAAGAUUGUCCCAAAAGGUGUCCCAAGACUCCUCACAUUCCUCCCUGUUAUCAUCUUCUUCCUCUCUCUCCCUCUCUCUCUAACCUCUGUCCACUUCAUUGGAGCUGUUUCAUUCUUCCUUUCAUGGCUUGCAAACUUCAAACUCAUCCUUUUCGCCUUCGAAAAAGGCCCCCUUUCAUCACCUUCCAUCCCACCCCUAAGCUUCCUUGCAAUGGCUUGUUUCCCAAUCGAGAUAACUCAGUCAAAUAAAGCGUUUUCGACCCCGAAAAAACCUAACAACAAAGUGCUAGGGUUUGCCACAAAGGGUAUACUCCUAGCCCUCUUCCUAACCACUUAUCAUAACCAUCAUGAAACAAUGAACCCGAAGCUCGCAUGGGUCUUCUUCGGGUUCUCGGUUUACCUAAUGCUCGAGCUCCUGGUCACCCUGAGCUCGACGCUGGUCAGGAUUUUCCUGCGGGUCGAGCUCGACCCGCAGUUUGACCAGCCCUAUCUUGCAACAUCUCUCCAAGACUUUUGGGGAAGAAGGUGGAAUGUCAUGGUGAACCGGAUACUUCACCCGGCCAUUUAUGAUCCGGUUCUUAAACUAUCGAACCGGGUCAUGGGCCGGUUGUGGGCCCCUAUUCCGGCAAUACUGACUACCUUUGCGGUUUCUGGGCUCAUGCACGAGUUAAUAUUCUUUUACUUUACUAGAGCUUGGCCUACGUGGGAUAUGAUGCUAUUCUUUUGUCUACAUGGGGUUUGUUUGGUUUUGGAAGUGGUUAUCAAGAAAGUCGUUAACGUUAAAUGGCGUUUGCCACAACCGUUAACGGCCCCGUUAAUUGUGACAUUUGUGUUGGCGACUUCUUAUUGGUUGUUUCUCCCCGAAUUAGCACGAUGUAGAAUGAUGGAACGAGCGUUCGAGGAAUAUGAGGCCGUUAGCGAGUUAGCAAAGGAUGCUCUUCGGGCCAUCACUAUCAAUUUGAGUGAACGGAGUACGUUCACCUUGUCAUAAUGUAUCCAAGUUUGAACUUAUUUGAACUAAUUCGCUUUUCUAAUAUUUGAAAAACUAGGUUAUAACCCCGUGUAUUACACGGGUUGAAUAAAUAAUUUUAUAUAUUAAAUAAUAAACCAA